CUGUUCACGGUGGGGAUGGGAGGCAGUGAAGACGCCAGGGAUAAAGGAGAAACAGAAAAUUUUGGGCUAUGCACCUUCCCGCAGCCUCCCUCCUCCCCGGUCAGUGUAAGGCCUACAGCAGUUUGUUCCAGGCUGAGGAGCUGGGAACUGGACUGCUUGCCUCAGUUUCCCGCUCAGCAGCUCUUGGCGCGGGGGCCCCUCUUCCCAGCUCAGGGUGUGAGACACCAGGCCGGAGGAACCCUCGGGUCUGGGUUUCUGGGGUUUCGUGAAGACCCGCAGUGCGCCGCGGUCUUCCCGGCCCCCGCCCCCACCCGCACCCCCACCCCACUCCGCGUGGCGCCCUCGGGGACCCGCGCUGGGGCGGCGAGCCGGCUUCUUCCGCCGCCGCGCUCCCACACUGCGGACCUGGUGCCCUGGUGCGGGGCUUGGCUCCCUGUCCUUCAGGAGGCCGCCCUGGCUAUCUGCAGACGCAGAUCCCCCAAGCUUGGAGCCCCAAGUUCACAGUGGCGGGGUGCGGGCGCCUCCCGUCGGGCGUGUGUGAGUUCAGGCCCGCCCCUCUCCUGCUGCCCCCGGCCGGCUCCGGGGCACCGCCACUUACCCCCCGCUAGCCUGCAGCCUGCCCGGGGGAGGCGGCGGCGGGCCUGGGCUGCGGGCGCUGCGGGGUCCGCUCCCACCCCCACCCCACCCCACCCCGGCCCGCGGCGGUCCCGCUCGCCCGGCCUCUCCGCCCUGCGCACGGCCCGCCCCCGCGGUGUCCCCACCCCGCCCCCCGCGCCGGCCGCGGGCUGGACGGGAGCCGCCCUAGUGACGGUCAGUGGCCGACGGUCGCGCAGCCUCCGCACCUGCCGGACGCUGUGGCCGGGACCUACAGCCCUGACUGCGCUCGGACCAGGGAGGGUCAUGACUGCCCGGCCCGCACCCCCUGCCACCAACGGGCCGCUGGUUUUAUUCCUGGGGCUCAGUGUUCUCGCAGUCCUCUCCGGGGCCAAUGUGAAGGUGCACAUGCCUGCCGGCCUUACCAAACUGCAGGCGGUAGAGGGAAGAGACAUAGUGCUCCCGGCCUGGUACACUCUGGAAGGAGAGAAGCCUGAGGGCCGGCCGUGGGAAGUGCCUCUUGUGAUGUGGUUCCUGGAAAAAAAAGAGAAGAAAGGUCUAAAGCAGGUGUUGGCCUACAUCAACGGCUCUGUGUCAGGCAACCCUGGAGUAUCCCUGGUCUACUCCAUGCCCUCUCGGAAUGUGUCCCUGAGGCUGCAGGGCCUCCAGGAGAAAGACUCUGGCUCCUACAGCUGCUCUGUGAAUGUGCAAGACAGGGGCCAUGACAGCAAAACUAUGGAACUCAGCGUGCUGGUGCCUCCAGCAACUCCAUCCUGCAGUCUCCUGGGUGUGCCCCAGGUGGGGGCCAACGUGACCCUGAGCUGCCAGUCCCCAAGGAGCGACCCUUUGGCUCACUACCAGUGGGAGCGGCUGUCCCCAGUGGCCCAGGUUUUCUUUGCACCCGUUUUAGAUAACAUCCGUGGGUCUUUAAAGCUCACCAACCUUUCCACUUCCAUGUCUGGCAUCUAUCUCUGCACUGCCCAAAAUAUAGUGGGCAGCGCCCACUGCAAUGUGACCCUGAGUGUAAUCACAGGACUUUUUUUAGGGUCAAGAGCUGCCAUGAUUGCCGGAGCAGUUGUGGGCACUCUGGUCGGAUUGGUGCUGCUGGUCGGCCUGAUCCUCUUGUACGAGCGCCAACACCAAAGCAAGCUCCUAGAGGAUGUAUCCAAUGAUAUCAAGGAAGACGCCACUGCCCCACGGACCCUGACCUGGUCCAAGGCCUCAGACACGCUCUCCAAGAAUGGAACUCUUUCCUCCGUCACCUCAGCACGAGCCCUCCGGCUGUCUCAUGCCCCUCCUAAGCCUGGCACACUGACCCCUGUGCCUGGCACCUCCACUCAGGCUCUGCCCUCACCCAGACUACCCGAGACAAAUGGGACUAACCCUCAGCCAGUGUCCCUCAGCCCCGGGGGGCUUUCUCACUCUGCUCUGAGGCGCAUGGGUGCAGUGAAUGUGAUGUUACCUUCUCAGACUCAGGAUGGGUACCUGGUGUGAUGGCUCAGGCCCCGGGCAUCUGGUGUCUCAUCUACCUAGAGCACAGACUGCACCCUGGGAGGGUCACCACACUCCUCCCACCUUCUCACCUCGCCUCUCAGUAAGCCCCAGAUGUCCAGAAGGUCACAGGAGAAGAGGAAUCGAACCUGGUUUGGGUUGGGGUCUCCAUUCCUCCUUAUGAAGCCAGCUGAAUCCUGCUGAGAUUGGCUGACCUCCAAGGGCCCUGGAGAAGACUGUCAGUCAAUGAGCACCUCAGCCUUCUAGGAUCUGCACCCCACCCCUAUCUAACCCUCACUGCCACUCCAGCUCCUUGCAUUAACAUCCUGCCGGGCUGGUUGGGGGGUUGGGGCAGAGGAUAGGAAAGACAUUUUUAAAACUAACUCCAAAUGUGUAUUUGUUUUUAUUUUGCACAUUUCAAUAAAAAUACAUUGUGUUUGUAUGGAAUAAGAAUCAAA